AUUGCGUAUCCCAGCAAUAGGAGGCCACUAUUUCAAACUGUGAGGCGAAUCAUUCUUUUUGCCUGCUUGCCACACUAUAGCAGCAGGUUUGUGUUGCAGGCUUUAGGGCUUGUAACACGGAGAUAACACAGGCUCAAUUAGUGUUUCUGAAUUACGGAUUUAUUUGAAACUCUUUUCAGAAAUAUGAGUGCUUUGGUAAAGUUGGAGGAAACUCAAAUCACGAAUGAAUCAGCCAACAAUGCCCAACAAGAUGGUGAACCUUCACGUAUCACCAAUGUACGCGGUGAAUGGAACGAUAAGAUAGAAUUUUUUCUGACAUGUGUGGGUUAUGCUGUUGGUCUGGGAAACGUUUGGAGAUUUCCAUAUUUAUGUUUUAAAAAUGGAGGAGGUGCAUUUCUCAUACCUUAUACUUGUAUGUUAGCCUUUCUUGGAUUACCGUUGUUUUUCCUUGAACUUGCUUUUGGUCAAUUCGCCAGUCUGGGCCCUAUAUCUGUGUGGAGUAUCAGUCCUUUGUUUAAAGGCAUUGGUUAUUCUAUGGUGUUUUUAUCAUGGUUGUUAAACAUAUACUAUCAAAUUAUAUUAGUGCAUUGCUUCUAUUACUUCUGUGUCAGUUUUACAAGUACACUACCGUGGAAAUUUUGUAAUCCAUCAUGGAGUUCACCUCUAUGCAUUGAUUCACUUUCUGGUAAUCUAACUAAUACUACAAAGGCGAAAUCCCCAACAGAAGAAUAUUACAACAAUCGCGUUCUUAAACUGUCAUCUGGUUUCGAGGAUUUUGGACAACCAAGUUGGGAAUUAGCAUUAUUACUGUUCUGUGCGUGGACUAUAUGUGCACUUGCUGUGAUCAAAGGAGUUCAGUCAUUGGGCAAAGUGUCCUAUGUCACAGGCCUCUUCCCAUAUUUGAUGUUAAGCAUCCUUCUUGUCCGGGGUAUUCUUCUUCCCGGUUCCGGAACAGGAGUGUUGUUUUAUCUAACACCUGAUUUCUCACGUUUAUCUGAUCCUAAAGUAUGGACAGACGCCGCAACACAAAUCUUCUUCUCUCUAGGCUGUUGUAAUGGUGGUCUGAUUACAGUUUCAAGUUAUAAUAAAUUCAAGAACAACUGUUGCAGGGAUGCGGUGUUAGUCGCUGUGAUUAACUGUGCAACAUCUGUUUAUGCGGGAUUUGUUAUCUUUACAAACCUAGGCUUUAUGGCUUAUAAAAAAAAUACUACAGUCGCCGCUGUUGCUUCAGGUGGUCCGGGACUUGCUUUCGUUGUCUAUCCUGAAGCGCUAACACAUAUGCCACUUUCUAGUCUAUGGUCAGUUUUAUUCUUCCUGAUGAUGAUGACACUUGGUUUUGGUUCACAAUUCUCAAUUUUGGAGACAACACUUUCUGGUGUACAAGAUGAACUAAGAAAAUAUGGGUUUAAUUUAACAGAGAAACGCAAAAUGCUGUUCCGGAUUUCAGUGUGCUUAUUCGAUUGCAUGAUGGGACUACCAAUGGUGUGUGCUGGUGGCUAUUACCUAUUGACAAUAUACGAUACAGUAAUGAGUAAUUAUGGUCCUUUGGUUGUCGCAUUUUUUGAAUCAUCUGUCAUCGCUUAUGUGUAUGGUUUGAAACAAUUUCGACGUGAUAUUGAAAUGAUGAUCAACGAAAGACCUAAUUGGUACUGGAAAGUAUGCUGGGGAUUCUUUGCUCCAAUGAUAGCCCUCUUUCUAACGAUAUCUGCAAUGGUUAAAAGACCUGUAAUGGCAGAAUUUGGUUACGUUUUCCCGUCAUGGACUUAUGUGCUUUAUGAUUUCCUAUCUUGUGUUCCUUUUAUGCUAAUUGUUGGCAGCUUCUUAUAUGGUUAUUGCAGUGAAGGUGGAUUCCUUUUAUUAAAAGAAUUCUUGAAACCUGUACACGAAUGGGGGCCGGCUGACAGAAGCCAUCGAGCAGAAUUUAUAUCACUGUUAAGAGCACAUGCAUCCCAGAGGAUUGAAGAAGGUAGACAAGCUGCUAUACAGGGACCUGUAAGCCAUGCCAGUCAACUACGAAUGACGAGUUCACUAGACGAUUCAGUUAAAAGUGGUUUAACCGCUGCCGGUAUAAUACCUGACACGAAUUUCUUUCAAAGUAAACUGAAUGUUGCCGAGAAAUUUACAGAGGCUCAUACCAAGGAAGUCGUUAAACGAGUGACUAGUAACAAUGAUAUUAGUCCUGCUGAUGCUGCAGCUGCUCUAUCGGCAAGUCAAACGGCAUUGGCUGCUGCUGUACUCAAUAAGCUAAACCAGCCUUCCAAAUCUCACUCAAGUGAUAUAAAAAUGCCUGAACAAUUUACCUCGUCUAGUGGUCAGCAAGGGACUGGAAAAACGUCUAAAACAAACAAAAAGUAAAAACAACAAAAACCAUCAACACCAGAAAAUAUUUUUUUUGUACAGUUAUCCAAGAAGAAGAUAGUAACACCACCAGCAGAGAAAACUAACCAACUAUUUUCGAACAGAGAAGUGAAAAUGGUUUUUUCCAUGUUUACUUCUAAAUAACUUUUGUUUUCGUUUAUUGUAUUGCUCAGAAAAGAAUGAGGUUUUAUUUGAUUUUACAUAAAUGGUAGUUUUUUUCCUAACCAGUUGUCUGUUGUUUUCAUUAUCUAAUUAUUAUGUUGUAAC